UGCCUGCAAGGUUGGUUUCGUCAUGAGAAUUCAUGCUACCUUAUUCAUAACACUCCUACUCCAAGAUGGAACGAUGCACUUACGUUUUGUCAAAAUCACCGAGCACAUCCGCCGAUAAUCAAAUCUGCCGAUGAGAACGACUUCAUAUUUCGCCUUAUAAUGAGCCAACCAAACGGGAGAGAUCUUAGUGCAUGGAUUGGACUGAGCAGAAAAAUGGACGAUAAGUUUUAUUGGAUGGAUGGUACUCCAUCAGCGGGCCGGUUCUCAGCAUGGGCACAGGGAGAACCAAACUACCUUCACGAAAAAUGUGUUUUUAUACUCGUGAAAAAAGAUCGACAAAAAAAUUGGUUCGAUUCUCCCUGUACUUAUAACGGUACACCUUAUUUUCCAGUCCCAGUGGCUCUGUGCCAGAAAGGUCUUUUCUGA